UUGCCCUUCAACUCGGCAUGGCUUCUACAAGCUGUAUUCAGUUUUGUUCUGGAUGUGGCAAGGAAAUACGAUCACGGCGGCAGGCUCUCUACUGUGAUUAUUGCCAUCAGUGGAGACACUGGAAGUGUGUCACAACUAUCACCCAGGAUAAGUACAGGAAAAUAAGCAAACAUUUAAAGGAAGGUGGAUCAUUUGCCUGGCACUGUCCAGAAUGCCCUGCUACUGUUGACCUCCCCUUGGAGGAAUCUUCUACUAGUGCUGACAAUUCGUUCACAUUUAAUUUUCCUAUUGAGCCAGUCACCCCAGUACAAGAAACAUCUCUUAAAGAUGAACCGAUCCCAGAAAACCUUCCAGAUGAUCAACCAGUUAUUUGGGAAGUUAUUCCUUUUGGUACAAACCGUGGGAAGCUACGGUUGCUCAGCUCUGAUGGUUACUCAUACACAGUAAGAAAAGAAAAGGAGUCUGUAACGUACUGGACUUGCAGCAUCCGCCAGAAGCAUAACAGGUGUCCAGCAAGUGUAAUUCAGAGAGAGACAACAUUUAAGCCAGGUCUACAGGCUCACAACCACCCUGGAACACCAGGCCUUCUUGCUACAACAAAAGUAUCUGUAGCUGUCAAAGAGCGAUGUGCACUUGACAACUUCACCUCAGCUGCACAAAUUGUUAAAGAGGAAUUGAUUAGCUACAAACAGAGCCACCCUAAUACUCACCGGUUGCCUAAACCAAGCAGCAUUGUUAAACAAGGUAACAGACAUCGCCAAGCUCAAAGAUCACACCACCUAACUCAGCAUAACUUUGAACUCAUGUCUGACAGCCUGUCACCUGAUUUCAUUAGAAGGGACAUACAGGUAUGCAGUGAUGAUAACCAGACUACUGAACGUCACAAUGGCAUGGCCAUCGAUAGGUGUGCAAGACAGCGGUCAUUCCGUGAAACAUGUGGGUCUUUUGUUCAGUUCAGAGCAUCAAAGGAUGGACAGAGAUUAUCUGUCAUUAAGAUGGAUUCAACACACAAUCACCCAGUGAGCAAGGAAACUUUUAAGUGUUUACCUAAGCAGAGGCGACUGGAUGAUAAUGAGAUGAAGGAGGUACAGCAAAUGUUGCAGACACAACCAAAUAAAAAGAUACUACAGGACCUUAUAAAGAAUAAGACAGGCAAACAAGUCACCUUACGAGACAUCAGUAACCAGACUGCAAAAUUGAAUCGUUCUUUUUCAAAUCUGCAAGAGCCUGACAGUCACGUUACUGCUGAGAGCGAAGGAAUGAACAGUGGCACAGCAAUGUCUGGGUCAAGCAGCAGAAGGCAGGAGAAAAGGAAAGUAGUGUAUAAUGGAGAUGGUGGAACCCCUAAGGUGGUCAAGGUUGGUGAACCAGCACCACCUGCCAUGGACUACCUGGAGCUAGUGUGGCAGCCUCAAGGCACUGAUACCUUGCCCAAAAAUGGUGGUCGUUGGUUAUUGAAAAAGGAGGUGCCAUACCCAGUUGAUCAAGCCACUGAACUCGACCAGGAUGUUCUUCAAGACACUCCUCAAAACCAGGAUGUUCAAGACACUCCUCAAAACCAGGAUGUUCUUCAAGACACUCCUCAAAACCAGGAUGUUCUUCAAGACACUCCUCAAAACCAGGAUGUUCUUCAAGACACUCCUCAAAACCAGGAUGUUCAAGACACUCCUCAAAACCAGGAUGUUCUUCAGCAUAACACAGACACUAAUCAAGGCAAACAAGACGUUCUUCGAGACACAGAAGACACAUUUCAAGUUAAUCCGGCUAACUGCCAAGAAAACGAAGGUCUUGGAGGGUGUGAAGCUCAGAGAACUUCCGAAAGACCUAAGAUAGAGGCUGACAAUCAUGGUGGUGUCAAUCCAGACAGUGACCAACACUGUGCAUCUUCAAACCCUUCCACUAAGACAAAGGUAUAUCAUUGUCCUAUUUGCCACACAGUAGUGGCAUCAAGACAAUCUCUUUUCAAGCAUAGGAAACGUAAACAUGAAGAAGUAAUGGAGGAUUGUGAACAGCGAAAAACACUACAGUGUAUGGAAUGCAGCUUAAGAUUUGUUGUGAUGAAGGACCUUCUUGGGCACUACCAGGCAGAGCACCAGAGGGACAUUUUCCUGAGGGCUGGGCACUUUAAAAACAAAGAAGAAUUUAUGUCAUGGAUGAAGGACGUAGAGAAGAAGACGAGGGCGAGGUUUGUUAAGCACAGUGGACAAACACAAAUCAAACAUGCCAAAGUAGACUAUUUUUACUGUAACAGAUCAGGUUCGUUUGUGUCUAAAGGUAAAGGUAGACGCAGUAUCAAGGCACAAGGCUCCUCAAAAAUUAAUGGCAUUUGUUCAGCUUUCAUUAAAGUUGUACAUGACAGACUGCUGGAGACUUGUACAACAGAAUUUUGUUUAGACCACUCUCAUGAAUGUGAUAUUACCCAUUUGAAACUGUCAGAUGAUUUGCAAACUUCCAUAGCAACUAAACUGGCAAAGGGUGUCGAGAUAGACGAAAUCUUGGAUGAUGUGAGGAGCAAUAAGGGUUAUCUAGAUAGGGAUUCACUGCUGGUUAGGAAAGACAUACAUAACAUUAAACGUCGCUUUAAUGUUGAUGUUAAAGAACAGCAUAAUGAUGAUGUUAAUAGUGCAAGGUUAAGUCCAGUGAAGUGUUGUGAGAAAUCUUAUCUUGGUACAACAUGGUGUCCAGAUCAUUUUGUGAAUAUGUUGUAGUAUGUCAUGUAAGGAACAGAUAUGAUGUGGGCUUUCUGCUUCCAUUUACUGUAGGUAUACUGUACUGUUCUGUAUCAAGUCAUAAAUACAGAACAUUCCGAAAUGUUUUUAAUGACCUAUACAGUACUUCUCAGAGCCUUAUAUAGUUUCCAGAGGAGGAGUUAGGCAGCAAGCAUAUUUACAAAAUUUGCGAGUCUUGGAAUUUUUUUUUAGAAUGGUCUCGAGUGUUUAACAUUAACAAGUGAAAGUGCCUAUUUAUUACCUGUUGACCACAUGCCUAAGUGCAAUCGUGAAUGUACAGGUACAGUAUUUUGAAAAUUUAAUAAAUAUGAUAAAUACAAA